CACACUCCAGUACCAGAGGACAACCAGAACCAGAAGUUGAGUGUGGAACCAAUAGACUGCAGGACCAGUUGAGUGUGGAACCAAUAGACUGCAGCACCAGUAGACUCCAGGAUGUCUCCCUACUGUCUCCUCCUAUCCGUGCUGCUGGCUGCAGCGCUGCAGUGUGAGCAUGCCCAGAGCAGACGUGUGCCGUGCUUCGACCGCUGCUGCUCCUUCAUAGAGGGCUUCCCCGUCAGACUGAAGGAACUCCGCAUCGCCUUCUCCACCAUCAGAGACUACUACGAGGCUAAUGACGAGCUGGAGACAUCCCUGCUGGACGAAGGGAUUCUACACCACUUGAAGAGCCCGGUGGGAUGUCACGCUAUGGACAGCAUCCUGAAGUUCUAUCUCGACACGGUGUUGCCCACCGCCAUGAACAACAGGACACAGAACAACAACGACUUUAAAUCUCCCAUCGACUCCAUCGGAAACAUCUUCCACGAGCUGAAGAAAGAUAUCGUCCAAUGCAGGAACUACUUCUCCUGUAAGAAACCGUUUGACAUCAACGAGUUCAUCUCCUCGUAUAAGAAGAUGCAGGAUAAGGGCCUGUAUAAGGCAAUGGGAGAGCUGGACCUACUCUUCAACUACAUCGAGGAGUACCUGGUCUCUAAGAGACGCAAACACUGACCCCUGACCCUGAGCCUGGACCAAUCAGAAUUUGCCAGUAGCUAACCCUAACCUCUAAUAACCUCCGAAGCCCAAACAUCUGGGAUUGUGUCUUUGUGGAAGACCAUGAGACUAAAGUGUAUGGGUCCUGAGGACCUUCUCUCUACGUUAGUCUUUUAGUCCUACUUUUUAGUUCUGAAAGAACACCCUCAAGAAUAACUUCUGAGGACUUCAUCAUUAUAAUAUAUGGCAUUUACCUUUUAUCCAAAGUGACUGAGAGUACUGCUUUCAUACAUUUUUGUAUGGGUGGUGGCGCCAGUGGGGAGCGAACCCAUGUUCCUGACCUUGGCUGAGCUUGCAAGCGCCACGCUCUACCAACUAAGCCACAAAGGACUUUUUCUUUAAAGUCCCUGAACCACAUUUAGUCUCAGGUUAAUCAAACGUUUAUUACCGAGUCAUAUUGACUGAAACGUUCUGCUGUAAAGUUUUGCAUCAAAUUUGUAGCAUUUUUUAUUUUUAUUUUUUAGGAUUGACUUUCUGCACCUCCUUCCUUCCCCUAUAGUCAUGACGUUAAACUAGCCACCAUGUGGAGUAAGGAUUAUGUGUUACUGUAAAUGUGUAAAAACCAGUGAGAAGGGAAAUCUAGGCUUCACAUUUACCUGUGUGACAGAGAAUGUACAUUCACCUUUAACAUGUUUUAAUAUGUGAUCAUUGACUGAUCUGUAAUAAUGACUGUACUACACAUGACCAUGUUUACAACGUAUUGCAACAUUUAGCUAUAGCUCACAGUAUAUUUACUACCAAUAUCAGUAUUGAUUUCAAUUAAAACCUUCAGUGAAUCUAAGUGGAAUACUGCACCACAAUGUUUAUUAGUGUGGCUUGUGAAAAAAGUGUGGCUAUACGAAUUAAUUCUGACAUUAUUUCGGACAACUUUUUAAAACUAUUUACACUUUUUAAACUAUUAAACUUGUAUUGAACUUAUUAAACUUCAUCCACUUUCAUGGGAUUUCCUCGAAAUUCUAAAGCUUCCAUUGUUGAAAACUCCCAACAUUCUAUUCACAAUAAACAAUGUAACUUUGAACAUAAAUCAGCUACUUUGACCACUUUCCUACAACGUUGACAAUAACUUAGAGGGUUUCCAAGAGAAAAAGCCCAGAAUGUGCAAAGCUGUCAUCGAGGCAAA